GCCUGCGCUCGCCAUGAAGCGGCCCAGGGAGCCGAGCGGCUCUGACAGCGAGUCCGACGGACCCAUCGACGUGGGCCGCGAGGGCGAGCUGAGCCAGAUGGCCAGGCCGCUGUCCACCCCCAGCCCUUCGCAGAUGCAAGCCAGGAAGAAACGCAGAGGGAUCAUAGAGAAGCGGCGCCGAGACCGCAUCAACAGCAGCCUUUCUGAGUUGCGACGCUUGGUCCCCACCGCCUUUGAGAAACAGGGCUCCUCCAAGCUGGAGAAGGCCGAGGUCCUGCAGAUGACAGUGGAUCACUUGAAAAUGCUCCACGCCACUGGUGGGACAGGAUUCUUUGAUGCCCGAGCCUUGGCAGUGGACUUCCGGAGCAUCGGUUUUCGGGAGUGCCUCACCGAGGUCAUCAGGUACCUGGGGGUCCUGGAAGGGCCGAGCAGCCGUGCAGACCCCGUCCGGAUUCGUCUUCUCUCGCACCUCAACAGCUAUGCAGCCGAGAUGGAGCCUUCUCCCACGCCCGCUGGCCCCCUGGCCUUCCCUGCCUGGCCCUGGUCCUUCUUCCAUAGCUGUCCAGGGCUGUCAGCCCCAAGCAACCAGCUCACCAUCCUGGGAAGAGUGCCCGGUCCCAUCCUCCCCAGCGCCUCCUCUCUCGCUUACCCCAUCCCGGCCCUCCGAACCACUCCUGUGCGCAGAGCUGCUGGUACCGUCCUGCCAGCCCGCAGGAAUUUGCUGCCCAGUCGAGGGGCAUCUUCCACGCGGAGGGCCCGCCCCCUGGAGAGGCCAGCCGCCCCCCUGCCCGUGGCCCCCAGCAUCAGGGCUGCCAGGAGCAGCCACAUGGCACCCCUCCUACGAUCUUCUUCCCCCAUGCCCCCCAGCAUCGUGGGAUCCCCUGCUUAUGUGGCUGUUCCUGCCCCCAGGCCCUCUUCCCCAGGGGCAGCUGGGAGGCCAGCAGGAGCCGUGCUCUGCCACUCCUGGGUCUCCGAAAUCACUGAAAUCGGGGCUUUCUGAGCUGGCUUUUCCCCAGUAGCGAGGAGGGUUCUUUUUCCAGGAGCUCUAAAAACAGUGCUGUCUUCUGCCCUGCUUCCUGGUCUGGCUCAUCUGUCUGCAAAGGCAUCUUCCUCACCCAUUAGAGGCCCCUUCCUCCUUUGGCCCAUCUCCCCUCCUCACUGCCCAUCCCAGCUUGCAGACCCAGCUCUCCUGGAGCUGUUCUGAUCUCAGAGGCCUGGUCUCAUUUCUUACCUGGGACAAAUAAGCCCUGGAGGGCCCCUACAAGCUUUGCCCAGACCCUUUCCUGGGGGCAGCAGGCAUGAAUCCAACGUCUGGGAACUAAGCUUGACCCUAAAGGCACAAUGGUCUCAGGCCGGCUGCUUGCCUAGAGAGUUCAGAACCCAGCCUGAGCAGUGAUUGACUGGUGCAGCCUUCCCAGGCCCCCAGGGCCAGAACUUAGUGUCUGCCUCACUUCCGGAGACAGUAACAGAGCAGGGGCCACAAAGCGGUCUCUGGGGAACCCCCGUCUGCCCCUGCCCACCCCAUUGCAGUGAACCACAGGACAGGCCCCCCUGCCACCGCAGCCAAGGCCCGGCAGUUAGGGGCCCAGUAGGGCCUGCUCGGGUGGUCUUCCCCGCUGCAGACACCUACACUCCGGCUGACCCCCAGUUCCCUACAUGGAGAUGGGAGGUUUCUGGGCAGCAGUAAGGCUCCAAAACAGGGGGUCCUUACCACCAGGCCUGGGACAGUGCUCCCAGACAAGAGCCAGGAUUGAGCAGAGAACCCAGCUCCCUGCUUCUCGCACCAUCACCAUCCUCCAGAUGCCUGGUCCCUGUUGGGUGCACAGCGUGGAGGGUCACGUUCCCAUGUGAUGGCGCCCCCGGAGGGGCCCUCUUGGGAUUCAGCACCAGACGUUUGUGCUGCCUGGUUUGCAUCCGGCUCGCAGAGCCCAGACUGUGGGACAGCCAAGGGCUGUCAGCUGGACAAAAAUAACUGCAAGGAGGGGCGAGAGGAAGGACAGUCAGAGGCGGCUGGGCCCUUCACGGUCACACGGCGGGUCAAGGGCCUGAGAUCCUGUUCACCCAGGAUGUCGCGCAGCUGGCUCUGCUCAGAGGCCAUUUCAGGACCCAGCUCCAGCCCUGGCCGCUCAUCCUCUAACGGAGGGAUCAAAUGGCCUGUGGCCACCAUUCCCAGAAGAACAGCAGAGGCCAGACAGGACUGGGGCAGCCCCGGGACUGACGUUCAGCUGGACCCGUGUUGCCAGACCCGCUGUUAAAACGUAGAGCCACUUCUGUGCUUGUUGGCAGAUAUCUGCUUCCCUUAAGGCCCUCUAAAUGCCCCGCUGCCCCGUGUGGCUUUCCCCCAGGCCCCCACGCUGGUUGGUAAAUACUUCUUUCGAAUGUCACCCCUGGGAAGAUUCUUUCACGCCCACCUUUUGAUGGAACUACUGCCCCCAGAGACUAAAUUGAGGAGAUCCUUGGGCUCAGACAUAGAGUUUGCUAAAACCCUGGGGGAAAGGGCCCUUUUGGAGAAAUGGGGCAGAGGGCAGAGAUCAUUUAAACGACCCAGAAAUCUCUUUUGAAAAGGCAAAUUCCUCCAGGAGGCAUGAAGAGCUAAUGUAUUCUUUCAGUCCUCAGUGUUUGUUCGAUCAGAUUUCUGUCCUCCUGGAUGCAUCUGAGAUGUGCAGCUGUGGGGAGCGAGGGCAGCAUUCCAGGGAGUGGGUCACCGGCCAGGGGUGCUCCUGACGGAGACAGACAGGGAGGGCAGGGCAAGUCAGCAGGCUCCCAGGAGUUGGGAGAGGUGGGCACAGGGAGGUGACAAAGGGAAGAGCCCAACUUCACCUUCGUCACAGAGGGCAGAAAGAACUGCUUCUGCUCCUGAUCUUCCUCCCGCCCCUCCUCCUCCUCUCCCGGCCUAUCCCAGCUGGCGGCUCCCUGCUCCCAGGGUACCAGGUCAGUGCUGCAGUCCCGCAGUUCGGCAACUUCAUAGCUUGAGAAUAUGGGAAACCCAUUUCCACAUUUCCAGGACCCAAUUCCAGGAGAAUCUGUUGACACCAUCGAAUGAGGUGGAAAUGGCCCAGAACUUUCAGCAUCUGAGUUGAUCUUGAGUUCAUUCUCCCCAAGAGAUGGUGAAUGAGAAAGGGGACUAUGUAUUUGUUUUCGUGGUUGAGGAUUUGUAUCUUUUGUUUCUAUUCCCAAGCCUUUCUGGUGUCCCCGACUCCUACCCCCUUGCUGGGGCUGUAGCAGGCAUCCAAUAAAGUUGUUUUAGUUCUU